UUGAGUUGUGACCUUUACCCGCUCUUGAAAACCCAAAAAAACCCUAAACCCUUCGAUUCUUCCCCCUUUCUUUCCGCAAACCCUAAUUUUGACUUCUCGACAACACAAAUGGGUGAAACAGAGAUUAAGGAUAACGAGUACGAGGAAGAGCUUCUAGACUACGAAGAGGAUGAAGAUAAGGCUCCUGACUCCACCGCCGUUAAAGUUAACGGCGAAUCUGUCAAAAAGGGGUAUGUUGGAAUUCAUAGCUCUGGAUUUAGGGAUUUUCUUUUGAAGCCGGAGUUGCUUCGUGCUAUUGUGGAUUCAGGGUUUGAACAUCCUUCUGAAGUGCAACACGAAUGUAUUCCUCAAGCUAUUCUGGGCAUGGAUGUAAUUUGUCAAGCAAAAUCCGGUAUGGGCAAAACAGCGGUUUUCGUUUUAUCAACAUUGCAACAGAUCGAACCUGUUUCUGGUCAAGUUGCAGCACUUGUUUUGUGUCACACAAGAGAAUUAGCUUAUCAGAUAUGCCAUGAGUUUGAGCGGUUCAGCACUUACUUAACUGACAUUAAGGUUGCAGUGUUUUAUGGUGGCGUUAACAUUAAAAUUCACAAAGAGCUUUUGAAAAACGAGUGCCCUCAUAUUGUUGUUGGAACUCCCGGAAGGGUUCUGGCGCUUGCUAGAGACAAAGAUCUCGGGUUGAAGAACGUGAGACACUUCAUACUUGAUGAGUGUGACAAGAUGCUAGAGUCACUUGACAUGAGGAGAGAUGUACAAGAAAUAUUCAAAAUGACCCCUCAUGAUAAACAAGUUAUGAUGUUUUCUGCAACACUUAGCAAGGAAAUCCGCCCCGUGUGCAAGAAAUUCAUGCAAGAUGUAAUAUUCUGUUCCCAGUUACACUUGAAUUUUGUUUCUGAAUUCACUAGAUUUUUAAUAUUUUAUUGUGAUAUUUGUUUCUUUCAGCCGAUGGAAAUUUAUGUGGAUGAUGAAGCCAAGUUGACUCUGCACGGUCUUGUACAGCAUUAUAUCAAACUGAGUGAGCUGGAGAAAAACCGUAAAUUGAAUGACCUGCUUGAUGCGUUAGAUUUUAAUCAAGUUGUGAUAUUUGUUAAAAGUGUAAGCAGAGCAGCAGAACUGAAUAAAUUGCUUGUCGAGUGUAAUUUUCCGUCUAUUUGCAUCCACUCUGGCAUGUCCCAAGAAGAAAGGUUGACAAGAUAUAAGAAUUUCAAGGAAGGCCACAAGAGGAUUCUAGUUGCAACUGAUUUGGUUGGUAGAGGUAUCGAUAUUGAACGUGUCAAUAUUGUCAUCAAUUACGACAUGCCAGAUUCUGCUGACACUUAUCUCCACCGUGUCGGUAGAGCUGGUAGGUUUGGGACCAAGGGUCUUGCUAUCACAUUUGUGUCGUCAUCAUCUGACUCAGAUGUGCUUAAUCAGGUUCAAGAGAGAUUUGAAGUGGAUAUCAAAGAACUUCCUGAGCAGAUUGAUACUUCAACAUACAUGCCUUCUUAGGAACAGACGGGUGAUUCAAUGGUUUAUCUAAAGCAAUGAUUGGUGGUGAUACUCUCAAGAUCAUUGUUUUGUUAUCUCAAUUCGAAUGUUUACUGUUUAGCGACCCUUUUAGAUUGUUUGUUUUUUCUGAUUUCUUGUUUUACUAGCAACAGUUAAUUCUAGUCUUUAUGUUUCUUAGAGUAUGUUGUAUUUCAUCAGCAUGUUGAGCAUUAUGUAGUCCUAAAUGUAGAAGGAUUUUUGGCAAUGUGUAUGUUCAAAACGCAUUGGAUGGCCCUGUUAA